AUUUAGCAAAAGGCGUGUUUGGGUUCCUCGUUACCUGGGUCAGGUGAGAGUGGGCUUUGGGGAUGAGAUAUAAAGGUUUGCAGAGAAGAGUCGUGUUUGUUGCUGGAUUUCUUGAAGAAGCAAAAUGGGGUUUGGGGCGAACUUGGCUGUCGUCUUGCUCUGCUGGGGGGUUGCUGCUUAUGACCCCUGGCAGUUUGCUCUGAGGAACUCAAUUUGGAGAACUGUCAGGACUGUGCCCCCUGCCCCCUCCUGGCCCGAGUCCUCUCCCUGGGCUUGGGUUGAUGCUUCCCAGGUGAGGGCCUUGUCCUACUUGGCCCCUGUGGCUGUGCAGUGUGGAGAAGCCCAAGUGGUAGUAACAGUGAACAGGGACCUGUUUGGGACUGGAAGGCUCAUCCAGGCAACGGACCUCAGCCUGGGCUCCUCGGGCUGCCAGUUCACCUCCUAUGAUGCUGCCAAGGAUGUGGUGAUCUUUGAUGUUGGGCUCCAUCAGUGUGGCAGCAUCCUGCAGAUGACUCCAGAAUCCCUGGUCUACAGCAUAAGCUUACACUAUAAGCCUACUCCCAGCGCCAAUGCAGUUGUCAUACGAACCAGCUCAGCCGAAGUCCCUAUUGAAUGUCACUAUCCAAGGAGAAGCAACGUCAGCAGCGAUGCCAUCAAGCCAACUUGGGCUCCCUUCAGCUCGACCAUUUCCGCAGAACACAGGCUGAGCUUCUCCUUGCGCUUAAUGAACGAUGACUGGAGCGCUGAGAGAGCUUCCGGCACGUAUCAGCUGGGAGACGUGAUGUACAUCCAGGCUGAAGUAAACACAAAGAACCACCUUCCUCUGAGGCUGUUUGUCAACCACUGUGUCGCCACGCUGAGCCCAAGCAGGGAUGCUCCUCCCCGAUAUCCCAUCAUUGACCACAAUGGCUGCCUUGUUGAUGGGAGGUCAGAUUCCAGCUCAGCCUUUGUGUCUCCAAGGCUCAGGGAGGAUUUGCUCCAGUUCACAGUGGACGUUUUCAGAUUUACAGGACAUCCUCAAGAGCUGAUGUACAUCACUUGCCACCUGAAAGUGACUGCAGCCAGUCAGGCCCCUGAUCUUGAAAACAAAGCUUGCUCCUUCAACCAAGCUAAUAACAUGUGGAUUCCAGUUGAGGGUACCCAGGGCAUCUGCACCUGCUGUGAGACUGGGAACUGUGGUGUCACUGGAGGGCAGCCAAGGAGGGUCAACCCCUGGGAUAGGUGGGCAAGAGGAAGGAGAUCUGGCAGAGAUGCAUCCACGAAGCAUGGUGCGUUCCAUCCAUGUUGGCAAGGGAGCCAAUCUGUUCUGUGCAGGGGUCUCCAAAUGAGAGGGGUGAGGGUGACCUACUGAUGGGUAAGUUUAACCUUGCUCAAAAUGCAGGUCAACUGGCGAAGGACCUGGAGACUGACGUGAUGAUCGGCCCCAUUUUCG